AUGGAUGGCAUGAUAAUAACGGGUGAUGAUUCGGAUGAGAUGAUGAAAUUAGAACAAAGCCUUGCCGCUGAAUUUGAGAUGAAGAAUUUGGGAGAUUUGAAAUAUUUCCUUGGAGUGGAAGUCGCCCGGUCAUCUAGAGGUAUUUUCUUGUCUCAACGUAAAUAUGUUUUGGAUUUAUUAAAGGAAACAUGCAUGCUGGGAUGUAAACAUGUGGACACUCCCAUCACAUUGGAGAUUUAUCCAGAUCAGGAGCAGGUUGACAAAGGUAGAUAUCAAUGGCUAGUGAGGAGGUUGAUUUAUUUGUCUCACACUCAUCCAGAUAUUGCAUAUGCCGUAAGUGUGGUUAGUAUGCACUUACCAAGUGUGGAUCAUAUGGUGGCAGUAAUGAGAAUAUUGGCAUAUUUAAAGUAUGCCCCGGGAAAAGGAAUUUUGUAUGAACAUCAUGGACAUAUGAGGAUUGAGAGAUUUACUGAUGCUGAUUGGGCAGGGGAUGUGACUGACAGACGGUCUACAUCUGGGUAUUUCACAUUUGUUGGAGGUAAUUUGAUUACGUGGCGAAGCAAGAAGCAUAAUGUGGUAUCAUGGUCCUUUGCCGAAGCCAAGUAUAGGGGUAUGGCACAUGGUGUAUGUGAGAUCCUUUGGCUACGAAAAUUGCUUUAG